CUAUGAGAUAGCUACACACGGAACCUUUUGGGCUCAAUCAGGCGUUGUCCUAGAGUGAGCAAAGCUACCAAAAGAAGCUUUUCGAAGCUUGAUACUGUGAGCGCUACAGCUUUUUUUGCUAAGACAUGGUCGCAACCGUGAAGUUCGUGUGCGACGACGGGGAGAUCUUCCGGGGACAGCUCGAAGAGCCCAGCUUUGAGGCGAUCGUGGACCUCGUGACCACCUGUCGUCCUGAUGUGAAGGGUGACGUUCUGCGAGAGGGUCCUUUCGGCUGUGCGAAGUAUGCCAUGACCUAUGCGGACGAGGAAGGUGACCUUUGUAUCUUGGCCCCUGCGACCUUUCCGGACUUUCUGUCCUUGCACCAGAAGACGCAGAGCCGGAUGCUGAAGUUUACCCUCAAGCUGCCCGCCAAAGCCGAUGGUCCAGCGAACAGGAGCAGCACUAGAAGUGCACCAAAGAUGGAAUCCCGGUCUGGCGAGCUCAGCAUGAACGCCAAGCAGGACUGUGAGGAGAGCCGGGCCAAGGGCAAGGGCAAAGGGGGCAAGGGCAAGCAUUGGAAAGGCACGGAGCAGCAAGAUCCUGCUUCCACUCAGCCAAAGCAGGACACGAGUGAUGCUGCAAAUGGAGAACAUGCCGGAGCACGGGGCCCCAAACCCUGUGGUCCAUGGAGACUGAAAGGACUCUUGCGUACAUUGCGAAUGCUCAAGGAGUCUGGCGUCCUGACCGCAGCAAAGCUUCCCAGCUUCACUGUGGUGUGGCUUCCAUUCCUUGCGAAAAUUGCAGCUCUGCAGGUGGAGAAGAUCAACAAGAUGGCGAAAGAUGGGCUGGACCCAUGCUUUCAAAAGAUGUUGGAGAUCAUUCAGGAACAGGCUGCGAAGACUCCAGGACUGGAACACCAUGCGGCCGUCAUCACACAGGCUCUGAGUGGUGACAAUGACCAGAGGCGCUUGGGCGAAGCUCUUCUUGAACUGCUGAAAGCUCUGGAUAAGCUUGGCCUGGAGGUGCAAUCAUGCUUCUCCGAAGCUGUAGCCCCUUCUUUGCUGCCAAUACUGGAGGAGGUGACGGAGUGGCCCAUGGCACGAAAGGGCGCGAAGGGCAAGGACAAGCGCCACCAAAAUCCUGCAUCUACAGCGAAACAGCAGGACCUGGGUGAUGCAGAUGCAGGAUGUGGACCAGGCGGAAAUGGCUUUGGCCGAUGGCGACUGCCGGGAUUCCUCCGCACCAUGCGUAUGUUGAAGGACACUGGCAUCCUAGCAGCAAUGUUUCCCUGCCUGGCUGUGCAAUCGCUUCCAUUCCUUAUUCACAUUGCAGCUCAGAAGGUGAAGAAGAUCAAUGGCAAAGCGAAAGAAGGGCUGGACCCAAACUUUCAAAAGAUGCUGGAGAUCGUUCAGGAGCAGGCUGCGAAGACUCCAGGCUCUGAGUGGUGACAAUGACCAGAGGCGCUUGGGCGAAGCUGUUCUUGAACUGCUGAAAGCUCUGGAUAAGCUUGGCCUGCAGGCGCAAUCAUUCGCUGAAGCGGUGGCCUCGUCGUUGCUGCCAGUGUUGGAGGAGAUGAUUACGGAGUGGCCAAUGGCACGAAAGGGCAAGGGACAGGGCAAGCACAAGCACUGCAAGGGCGAGCCCGUCAGCCAAUGUGGACCAGUGGACGUGCCACCCAUUGCACCUGCGUCUCAAGGUCACCUUCCAGCCAAGGAGGAGAGCUGGUCAGGGAAGAGCGGAAAGUGCAAGGGAAAGGGCAAGCUGCAGGAGGCUGCCCUGAGGCGGUUUGUUUAGCACCUUGCUAUAGCACGAAGGCUUUGCAUCGCUGUGCUGCUGGUGCCAAUUGGUACAGAUUUGGCCAGCCCACCUUCAAGGAAGGCUUCGCUUUCAGGCCCUGACAUGUUCUGUUUAAGACGGUUCAGGGAUUUGUGAUCAUGUUCUCUCGCGAGAAUGACAUCAUUUGUGAG